AUGGCCGUCGGCACUGUUCUCGUUACCGGUGGCACCGGGUACAUUGGCUCGUUCACGACACUUGCGCUGCUCGAGAACGGGUACGAUGUCGUGAUCGUCGACAGCUUGUACAACUCGUCGGAAGUCGCCGUCGACCGCAUUGAGCUCAUCUCUGGCAAGCGCCCCGCGUUCCACAAGGCCGACAUCACCGACGAGGCUGCCCUCGACGAGGUGUUCGCCAAGCACCCCGAGAUCGACAGCGUCAUCCACUUCGCCGCGCUCAAGGCCGUCGGCGAGUCGGGCCAGAUCCCGCUCGAGUACUACCGUGUCAACGUCGGCGGCAGCAUCUCGCUGCUGCGGGCCAUGGAGAAGCACAACGUCACCAACAUUGUCUUCUCGUCGUCCGCAACCGUCUAUGGCGAUGCCACCCGCGUCCCCGGCAUGAUCCCUAUCCCCGAACACUGCCCGAUUGGCCCCACCAACACCUACGGCCGUACUAAGGUGAUGAUUGAGGAGGUCAUUGCCGACCAGAUCAACGCCCAGCGCACCAACAACCAGAAGGCGGGCAAGCCGCAUGAGCAGUGGAACGGCGCUCUGCUGCGGUACUUCAACCCUUGCGGUGCCCACCCCAGCGGCAUCAUGGGCGAGGACCCGCAGGGCGUGCCUUACAACCUGCUCCCUCUGCUCGGCAAGGUUGCUACCGGCGAACGCGAGAAGCUGCUGGUUUUCGGUGACGACUACGCCUCCAAGGACGGUACCGCGAUCCGCGACUACAUCCACGUCCUCGAUCUCGCCCGCGGUCACUUGGCCGCCCUCAACUACCUCCGCGAGCAAAAGCCCGGUGUCAAGGCCUGGAACCUGGGUUCCGGGCGCGGCAGCACCGUGUUCGAGAUGAUCAAGGCCUUCAGCAAGGUUGUCGGCCGCGACCUCCCCUACCAGGUCGUCGAGCGGCGGCAGGGUGAUGUGCUGGACCUUACGGCCCAUCCCGCGCUUGCGAACAAGGAGCUGCAGUGGAAGACCGAGCUUACCCUCGAGGAUGCGUGUGACGACCUUUGGCGCUGGGUCCAGAACAACCCCAAGGGGUACCGCCAGGAUCCCCCUGCGGAGCUCCUCGAGGCUCUCAAGGCCAAGAAGGCUUAA